CCCAUCAAACCACGAGUUGUUCAGCCGGUAGAUGUCGGGUCACUGGCUAAGCUAGAGCGACACAUAGCAGGGUAGGUCCGUAGCUAGCUAAAGUUACCUCAGGUGAAAUUCGUUAAAUGUCACAAAACACAAGAAGAAUUCUUAACAUUUACGCUUGCGAUAUGCCAAUGACAUAUUGUUUUUAACCAGUAACGUUAGGUUCCUGGACAGCUCAAAACAGAGAUACUACGUUGUGACGCUAGCUAGCUAGCUAGCUUACGUACCUAGCUAACGUUUGCAAGUUAAUAUAGGCUGUACCUUUACAUUUCUGAACAGACUGAGCUAUGCUUCAAGUUUAUUUAUCGUGUUUGUCCAGUGAAGGAUGCUGAGGAGCUGUAGAAGGCUGGGUUUCCUGUUGGCAUCAGGAACGCACCUAAAGCCUGCCUCUGAUGGCCAGGUGAGACGGGUCCUCACUCAGGGAGGCUGCAUCUCCGCACAGAGAGGGAGGCUGAGAGCCUUCCUCUCCCAGUCCUCCUCCUCCUCCUCCUCCUCCUCCUCCUCCCGGAGUGGCCCUGAUGCCUCCAGCAGCAUCGGGGUCAGACUGUUUGCGGGGACAGGAGGGCCCAUCUGCCUGACCUCACCCUGCACGGGACGGAGAGCUUUCUCCCAGGGCCCUGCGGGCUCCUCCCCGGGCAUCAGGCUCCGUACCAGGCUGGGCGUGACCCUGCUGAUCGGGGCGGGCAUCCUGGGCGCCUGGUGGUACGUGCGCUCGGAGAAGCAGCUGAAGCAUCGGCUCCAGCGCCUGGAGCAGCUGAAGCAGGCGGCCGUGGGCCAGGGGGACUUCCACCUGCUGGACCACACGGGCCGGCGGCGCAGCAAGCGCGACUUCCGCGGCCGCUGGGUCCUGCUGUACUUCGGCUUCACGCACUGCCCCGACAUCUGCCCCGAGGAGCUGGAGAAGCUGUGCGGCGUGGUGCGGGAGCUGGAGCGCGACCCCGCCCUGCCGCCCGUGCAGCCGCUGUUCGUCAGCGUGGACCCCGAGCGCGACGACGUGCCCGCCAUGGCGCGCUACGUGAGCGACUUCCACCCGCGCCUGCUGGGCCUGACCGGCUCGCCCGAGGAGGUGCGCGAGGCGGGCCGCGCCUACAGGGUGUACUGCAGCGCCGGGCCCAAGGACGAGGACGGCGACUACAUCGUGGACCACACCGUGCUCAUCUACCUGCUCAGCCCCGACGGCCUGUUCCUCGACUACUACAACAGGACCAAGGACGAGACGCAGAUCGCCGACAGCGUCCGCAAGCACAUGAAGGCCCAUCGCGCGCUCUUCCCCGACUCACCCUGAAUGUCUGCGCAGGAGGGAGUGUGUGUGUGUGUGUGAGUGUGAGUGUGUGUGUGUGUGUGUGUGAGUGU